AUGGACGACUACGAGUACGACGGCGAUGGCUUCGACUACGACGAUGGCUGGAUCUAUGUUGAUGACGAGUUUAAUACUGCGGUACGAGCAACCCAAUAAACACCCGCACUGCUAUGCUUGGCGCAUUCUCUGGGCUGUUCCUGGUGCCGCAUGUGUCGAGGAACUGUGCGCAUCUUCCCACACACUCGUGACCAGUCCUCGAGCAGUCGAAGAAAUCAUCCACGGAUAGAAGCGAGGUCUAGCCUCAGUUGUGAGCUCAUUGUACUGACGACGUUCUUGUCCAGGACGAACUCGCCGAAGGUCAGAUUGCCAGCCCUGGCUACACAGGCACCAACCAUGAACUCUCCAUGGAUGGCUACGAAUACGACUUGUAUCAGUAUUGGGACGACGUAGAAUACGGAGACGAUCCGUAUUGGGAGUACGGCCUGCCCAACAAGAAGGAUGAAUCGGCGAAGAAGCGAAAGCGAGUACCGAGAAUGGAGGGCCCGCCGCCGAAGAGGAGGAAAACGACGGAAACAACAGUUGAAGACGAGAAGAAGGAUGGGGAGCCUCAGCCGAUGUUAUUCAUGAGUCGACAGGAACAGAACAGGCGUUCCCUCGCGCAGCCUCCCCUUCUGAAGAGCAAAGACGUGUCGGCGCUGUUACCAGAUUGGCGACAGAGAUUUGAGGAUGCGGACGGGGUAACGGUCGCUAAAAAGAUGCCGGCAGCCAUGAAGGCGGCUGCAGAAGCGCAGGGUGAAGAUACACCGCUUGAGAAGCGACAGAUUGGAGCACACUACGCGGAGAAUGGGGUGGCUCAAGGUGACGAGGACGACUGGGAAGACGACGAGGAGGCAGAUGAGGAUGUUGAGGAUGAUGGGGAAAUAUCCCUGGACCCAGAAAUGUUGCAGACUAUACUCCGCGAAAAGCUCGGCGCCGCUGGCCUGGAAGGCGCAGAUGAAGCGGGAUUCAUGCAGGCCAUCCAGCAGAUGAUGUCCGGUGAGGGCGAAGGGGAUGCGACUGGCGACUUGGCGAAUGCAUUGCUCGGUAAACUUACAUCGCAAGGCGGAGACGAAGUUUUGUCAGGCUGGCUGUCGCAGCAGGGCGUCUCGUUGGAAGAGGAUGAUGCUUCUAGCAUGGCCACGGAAGAGCUGCCCAAUGUUCCUGCAGCAUCUGCUGCUAGUAGAAGAAACCUGCAAAACUUGCCACCCGAUAGCGUGGUUGGAUUCUCAGAGGGGCGCAGCUCCGGUCGGAAGACUACUCAGAUGCCACUUCAUUCUGGUUCAUCAAGUGCCUCGUCCAAAAAGCGAGGAGCACCGUCUGAGACUGCAAAGCCGGAGAAGAAGCAGAAGAAAGUACAAUUUGAUGUACCACCUUCAUCGUCUUCCGAUGCACUCCAGGACGAUUCUACCUUGGACGAGCCGGAACCUCCCACAAUCGAGGACCCUCUAAUGUCGAAAUCGACGCUCAAAGAUUCAGCUAGUAAAAGCAGGAACGCCAAUGCAGCAGCUACUCCAGCCCACCAGGCGGCUUCAGAAAAGGACGCUGCGACUGGGAAGGACGGACGCAAGAGGAAAGCUUGUUCCCCUGAUGGCGCGAGUGGUCAGCCGGAGAAGAAGAAGAAGACCCGGAGCCGGGAACUUCAGUCGCUUGGACCUCUGCCUGAUGCCCCUUCGCCUGCACCGCCUGCGAAGAGGACGAGGAGCGCGAAAGAUCGGGCUAGGAAGGAAUGA